CAGAAACGCACAUUGAGCCUGGGCCCCGGAAAUACAAAUCAAACCCAUGGAAAGAAGAAGAACAUAGGCUUUUGAAAAAAAAAAAACUCAUAAUAUUCACAGGGCAAAGAAAAUGAAUUCACCAAACCUUUGGAACCAACCACCGGAAGUCCAAUUUUGUUUUUCUUUGGUUAACAAUUCGUGCCCUAAAAAUGUGAGGCCCAUGCUGACUGCCUGCACCAUGUAUGUGGUCAUGAUUGGUGCUAUAGUAAUGACCAUGCUGGGAAAUAUGGUUGUGAUCAUUUCCAUUGCUCAUUUCAAGCAGCUCCAUUCCCCAACCAACUUCCUGAUUCUCUCUAUGGCCAUCACUGAUUUUUUGCUGAGCUGUGUGGUCAUGCCCUUCAGUAUGAUCAGGUCCAUUGAGUCCUGCUGGUACUUUGGAGAUCUCUUUUGCAAAAUCCACAGUUGCUGUGACAUCAUGCUCUGCACCACCUCCAUUUUCCACCUCUGCUUCAUCUCAGUGGACCGUUACUAUGCUGUUUGUGAUCCUCUGCAUUAUGUCACCAAAAUUACCAUCCCCGUCAUUGAGUUAUUUCUGCUCAUCAGCUGGUCCAUUCCCAUCUUGUUUGCCUUUGGCCUGGUAUUCUCAGAAUUAAACUUAAUUGGUGCAGAAGAUUUUGUUUCAGCCAUUAACUGUACAGGUUUGUGUGUGUUGAUCUUCAAUAAGCUCUGGGGGGUACUGGCCUCCUUUAUAGCUUUCUUUCUCCCUGGGACAGUCAUGGUUGGGAUUUACAUACACAUUUUCACAGUAGCCAGGAAACAUGCUAAGCAGAUUGGCACGGGUCCUAGGACAAAACAGGCUGGGUCAAAAAUCAAAGUGAAGGCAUCAUCCAAAAAUGAAAGCAAAGCCACCAAGACGUUAAGCAUAGUCAUGGGAGUGUUUGUUUUGUGCUGGCUGCCCUUUUUUGUCUUGACGAUCACAGAUCCUUUCAUUAAUUUUACAACCCCUGAAGGUUUGUACAAUGUCUUCCUGUGGCUGGGUUAUUUCAAUUCCACUUUCAAUCCCAUUAUAUAUGGCAUGUUUUAUCCUUGGUUUCGCAAGGCACUGAAGAUGAUUGUCACAGGAAUGAUCUUCCGCCCUGACUCUUCCACCCUAAGCCUGUUUCCUGUACACGCUUAG